CAGGUGUGUGCAGUUGUCUGUUCCGAGCCGUGAACGUCAUGUCGCGUCAGAGCCUGCAUCAUCAGCGAUGAGGGUGUGAAGACCACAUGCUCGUACCGGUGCUGAUGUAUGAUAUAGGUCCGGGUCAGUGCGGUGCCGUGUAGUCAGUGUGUUACGCGCAGAAAGCAGUCAUGGCUCUUCUUACUAACGGCGCUCAGCAUCUGGGCUCCUAUUACUGCCUGAUCCGACGCAGGUUCAAGAGGAGGCGCAAGAAACGCUCAGAACGCAAAGGUGCAGUGGCAGUCAGACUGCUCUCUGGUCAGAACAAACCCGUCGCCAUGGAUAUGGAUGAAGAGGAGAAUAUGAGUUCGAGCAGCACUGACGUUAAGGAAAACCGAAACCUGGACAACGUGUCCUGCAAAGAAGGGGUGGGUGUGGCUGAACAGCUCCCCAAUGGAAGCGGCCUGGGCAGUCGAAAGCGCCCCCUUGAAGAAGGAAACAAUGGUCACACACACUCCAAGUUUCGAGCCAAGAAGCGCAAGAAAACACCAGGACCGAUCCUACCCAAGAAUGCCCUGAUGCAGCUCAAUGAAAUCAAACCAGGUCUUCAGUACAAACUCUUGUCCCAGACAGGACCGGUCCAUGCACCAGUUUUUGUCAUGACUGUAGAGGUCAAUGGUCAGUCGUUUGAGGGCAUGGGUCCAACUAAGAAGAAAGCCAAAUUGAGCGCAGCAGAGAAAGCUCUACGUUCUUUUGUCCAGUUCCCCAAUGCUUCUGAGGCCCACUUGGCCAUGGGACGAACAUUGACUGUAAACACAGACUUUACGUCAGACCAAGCUGACUUUCCAGACAUGCUGUUCAAUGGUUUUGAGACGCCAGCCGUGCCCGAAGAGUCCUUCUAUGUCGGUUCCAAUGGUAGCAGCUCACUAAACUCACUAGGGGAGUAUCCACUGCCCACACCACCUGGCAGCAACCUUGUCCAGGCGCCACUGCCCCCACCAUCAGCAUUCACCUCCCCCUCCAGUGGCAAAAACCCUGUCAUGAUUCUCAAUGAACUCAGGCCAGGCCUCAAAUAUGACUUUGUGUCAGAGAGUGGGGAGAGUCAUGCCAAGAAUUUUGUGAUGUCAGUGACAGUUGAUGCACAAACAUUUGAAGGCUCAGGGCGUAACAAGAAGCUAGCUAAAGCCCGGGCAGCGCAGGCCGCUCUUUCAGCUCUCUUCAACAUGCAACUAGACCAGACACCAUCCAGACAGCCCAUACCCAGAGAGGGACUCCAGCUUCAUCUCCCACAGGUUCUCGCCGACGCCGUCUCUCGACUGGUGGUGGAUAAGUUCAGUGAGUUGACUGACAACUUCACCUCCCCCCAUGCGCGACGGAAAGUCCUGGCAGGCGUUGUCAUGACAACAGGAACAGAUGUAAAAGAAGCACAGGUAAUUUGUGUUUCUACAGGAACUAAAUGCAUCAACGGUGAGUACAUGAGUGACCGUGGCCUGGCACUCAAUGACUGCCACGCUGAGAUUAUCGCCCGACGCUCACUCAUGAGAUACCUGUACACCCAGCUGGAGUUCUUCCUCAGCAACAGCAAAGAAGAGAAUCAGAAGUCAAUAUUCAUGCAUUGUGACAAGGGAGGCUACAAGUUAAAGGACAACAUUCAGUUCCAUCUCUACAUCAGCACCUCACCCUGUGGAGACGCCAGAAUCUUCUCUCCGCACGAGGCUGGCGUGGAAGACCAAGGAGACAGACACCCUAACCGGAAAGCAAGGGGUCAGCUUCGGACGAAGAUCGAAUCUGGGGAGGGCACCAUACCUGUGCGUUCCAGUAAUACCAUCCAAACCUGGGACGGGGUGCUUCAAGGAGAGAGGUUACUCACUAUGUCCUGCAGUGACAAGAUUGCAAGGUGGAAUGUGGUGGGCAUCCAGGGCUCCUUGAUGAGCUACUUCACGGAGCCCAUUUACUUCUCCAGCAUCAUCCUUGGAAGUCUAUACCACGCCGACCACCUCUCCAGAGCCAUGUACCAGCGCAUCGCAGAUAUUGAGGACCUCCCCCAGCAGUUCACGCUCAACAGACCUCUUCUCAGUGGUAUAAGCAACGCAGAGGCCAGACAGCCAGGUAAAGCACCCAGCUUCAGCGUGAACUGGACGGUGGGUGACCAGGGCCUGGAGGUGAUCAACGCCACCACCGGCAAGGACGACAUGGGCCGAGCCUCACGCCUCUGCAAGCAUGCCCUCUACAGCCGCUGGGUGCGCCUGCACUCCAAGCUGUCUUCCGUGUUGCGGAUCAAGGUGCUGAAGCCCGCUUCCUACCACGACGCCAAACAGGCGGCCACAGAGUACCACUCCGCCAAGCAGGCGCUCAUCAAGGCUUUCCACAAGGCCGGUCUGGGGGCUUGGGUCAAAAAGCCCAUUGAGCAAGACCAGUUCACACUCACUUCCUGAGGGAGCAAUUUUACCAAGAGAUUCUGAUCCCCCCCAAGUCCUCUUUUAGUCCUGUCCCCCCCACCGACCCAGGCCUGAAAGAAAGACAGACCCACGUUAGGAGCCCGCCCACGUAGAACUUUGCCUCCGUCCGUGUUUGCACGCACUUGCAGCUGUAACCUGUUAUGGAAAUAAAUGUGCAUCGUUUCUUCAAGCAUCCUCAUCUCAUCGGAGUCAUUCCUAAAUGUCCAUUUUCACGUUCUACUUAUUUUUGGUUUGUUUUUUCCGACUGUGGGUAAAACUGGAAUCUGUGGAAAGCAUUUUCUCUGGUGAAUUAUACUUUUCUGUUGCAGACAUUGAACCUGUUAUGUUUUGUCUUUUUGCUGUUGGGUGAUGCGUGUUGUCAGACGAGGGUGAAACGUAGCCUAGAGAUGCUCAGGCUGAAGCGAAUGAUAACGUACCUAAAGAUAUACUUCAUAAUCAUAAUAAUAAUAAUAAUCAUCACGAUGAGAAAAAAUGCGUCAUCUGCAGGAUGUAACCGUAGUGCUGGAAAAGAAAUCGUAGUAAGUAGUAAAGUGUGAAAUUCUGAUCUUAGUAUGUUUUAUUAAAAAUGCUAAAAGACACGUUGGCCUUUUUCUGCUCACUUUGGGAACAAAACAAGUCAGGUGUCACGGUAGAUUUGUCUUACUCAUAUGUUGCUGGUGUAUUUGUUGUGAUGGUACCAUUAAGGUGACAGGUGGGUGUCUUGUAGUCCCUGCCAGGGCCUUGUUUUCCUUAUCAAAGCUGUGUGUGUGUGUGUGUGUUUGCAUGGCGUGUGUGCGUGUGAGGAGCACAUGCAGAGUGUGAAUGAAUGGCAGCGUCUUUCUCAAUGGGCAGCUUUCAGUCUAUUUUCUACAUUUGUGCUUAUUGUUUGGUCCAACUAGAAAAAGGGGCGCAGGGAUUUUUGUUUUCUUAACGGUGGUCUUUUAUAGAUUAUAAAUUAUACAGCAGUUAAAAAUAUAUAUAUAUAUAUAGUGAUGGUUGAUAUUUUUGUAUGUAUGAAAGUACAUACCUGCUGUCAGUAAAAUGUAUUUAAAAGUAUUCACUAUGCAAACAUUGCCCGAUAUAGUUUAUUUAUCGUGUACUAUUUACUACAUUGUUGACAAAUGAGCGUCCAUUUUAAUGUUGAAAGCUAAUAAUUAGUCAAGCUAAUGUCACUUUAAAGCUAAACUCAGAGCAUGUUCACACGAGAAUUUGGAACAAAAACUAUUUGUUAUCGAUUAUCAAGGGUGAGCGAUACUGCAAAUGUUGAUACUGAUUCAAUGCCAAGUCAUGACAGGGCCAGUAUUGAUGAUACUGAUACCGAUACUUGAAUUUUUUUCACCCGUCAUUGAAUUUUGUGAUUUUUGCCUUCAAUUUGUUGAUGGUGAUUAUGUUAAAAAUCAAAAAUAUGAACGUCUAACAACAAACAAUAUAGCAAAGAAUAUAACAAUUGUAAUUAUCCGAUGGGAUUCACUUCCAGAACCCUCCCCUUCUCUCUUCAGUUGCCACUGUUCACUCCCUACACAAUCCAGGCUGAAGCCCUAAAAACAGUUUGCCUAAAUGACACAUUUUAAAAUCUGAAACGUAUACGUGCUCACCGCUAACCAAUACUAAUGUAAGAUGAUCAGUGAACAGAUGGAGUCACAGUGUAGCCUUCAGCCUGGUUGUGAGGCUAGCAGACUGAAUGCCGUUUAUCGCAGGGGGUGUCCAAGCUUUUUCCACCGAGGGCCACAUGCUGGAAAAUGAAAGGAUGCAAGGACCACUUCGAUAUUUCGUAAACCAACUCGUGGGGACAUGCUGACAAGUUAUAUAUAUGUCAAGAAAAAAUGCAUCUCAGCUCUGUGAUAUACUGUAGAUGAAAAAGCACAUUAUUAGUAUGAACGUCUCCUUUUUUUGCCCCCCCCCCCCCCCCCCCCAUUGUUUUUUUGUUAUUUCCCAAAAAUGUAAACUUUCUUCUUAAAUCUUAGUAAAUUUUCUUCUCGUAACAUUAUUCCCAAAUUAUUAUAGCUUUUUCCCCCAACCACAUGCCUUAAAAUUACUUAUGUAUUACGUAUAAUUAUUCAUUUUGUUGUGUUUUUCUCAACUAACUACUACAAAAAAAUUAUUUAAUAUUUAAACUCUAUGCUACUAAAAUAAAAUAUUUUUUUCCUCAUAUUAUGAGUUUAUUCUCGUAAAAUUGUGACUAUUUUGUCCCCAAUUAAAUAUAAUUUUUCACACUUAAUAUUUUGACUUUAUUCUCAUAAAAUUGCAGCUAUUUUUUCCCAUUUUGUUAUUUUUUUCCCAACUAUUUCAAUGUUCUUCUUGUAAAUUUUCCUCUCAUAAUUAUGCCUUUAUUCCCGUAAUAUUUUUUUUACUUAAUUCUCAUAACAUUGUACAUUUUUCCACAGCUUAAUUUUCCAAAAAUUACAACCUUGUUUUUUUGUUUCUGAUAACAUUACGACUUUAAAUGUUUCAACGUUAUGCUACUAAAGCGAUGUCAUCUUUCCUCAACAUUAUUCUCAGAAAAUUACGACUUCCUUUAUACUUUAAUACUUAUUUUAAUUCUUUAUUCUUGUAAAAUGACUUCAGAUUUUUCAAUUUUUGCUGUUUCACUUUGGACACCCCUGUUUUAUCGUAACAAUUUACCGUCAUAUCUUAACUUGUCCUCACCUCGCUGUCACGCUGUCAAAUCCUGUGCUUCCAUAGCCAAACAAACAUUUCCGUUUCGCCGCACAAAACUAUGAUGCGAUGAGAUGUGUUUUAUGCGGACAAAAACCAGCCUUUUUUCUGAAAAAGAAAAUCAUUUUUUGCCGAAAAAGCCACGACUCUGCGGGGCCGUGACUACUGAAUCGCAAACGUGUUGGGAAAAUGAACAAAGAAGAUGAUGAAAAAUAUAAAUCUCAUGACUCUGACAUCGAGCAAAUAUCGACAUUUGGAUCGGUCCAUCCACCCUUGCCGAUAGUAGAAUAUUGACAGGUUUUGUACACUUGGGUCAUUGUUGUUCCACGUAAGUGUGGUGGUUUCAAGCUGUUGUAGAUGUGGAAGAUGUUUGGGUAAAAAAACAAAAACAACUAAUUUGCGCAGCUUUUAGUGUGUGAUAAAAUACAUUCAAUGUCAGGUGCUUGACAUUUAUCAUAAUACCUCUUAAAAAAACAAAAAAAAAAGGCAACAGUGACAGCAAAGAAAUUGUCGAGUCAGCACAAUUGUUUACAUUGCUGUGUGUCAUCUUAGAUCAGGGGUGUCCAAAGUGCGGCCCACGGCUGUUUUUUUUACAGGCCCUUGGCACAGUCUAAAUUACAAGAAAAAAACAGCAAAAAUGUGGAAAAAAGCUUUAACUUUACACGAAUAAAGUUAAAAUAUUAGGAGAAUAAAAUCUGAAUAAUAAGACAAAAAAAGGUUGUCAUUGUACCAGAAUAAAGUCAAGCUAUUAGGAGAAUAAAGACAUAAGACAAAAAAAAAGCUGUUAUAUUACAAGAAACAAAGUUGCAAUUUUAUCAGAAAAAGGUCAGAAUAUUUGGAAAAUAGUCAUAUCAUUAGAAAAAAGUUGUACAUUUAUAAAAAAAAAAUAAAAUUGUAAUCUUAUGGGAAAAAAGUCGUAAUUUAAUCAGAAUAAAGUCACAAUAUUAGGAGAAUAAAGUCAUAAUAUGAAGACAAAAAAGUUGUAAUCUUACGACUAAAAUGUCAUUUCGCGAGAAUAAAGUCAUAAGACAAAAAAAGUUGUAAUCUUACAAGGAAAAUGUAAUUUCACGACAAUAAAGUCAUAAGACAAAAAAAGUUGUAAUCUUACAAGGAAAAUGUAAUUUCACGACAAUAAAGUCAUAAGACAAAAAAAGUUGUAAUCUUACAAGAAAAAUGUAAUUUCACGAGAAUAAAGUCAUAAGACAAAAAAAGUUGUAAUCUUACGAGAAACAAAGUUGUAAUUUUAUCAGAAUAAGUCAUGAAAGUCAUAAUAUCAAGAGAAAAAGUUGUAAAUGUAAUUUAUUUAAAUUACGUCAGAAUAAUAAGACAAAAUGUUAUAAUAAGAAAAAAGUGGUAAAGUCAUAAUAUCAUAAAGUUGUCAUCUUAUGGGGGUUGGAAUUUUACGAGAAUAAUUGUAAUAUAAGGGGGUGAAAGUCAUUUUAAAUUCAUAAUAUUGAAUAAAAGUCAAACUAUGAUGGGAAUAAAGUCACAAUAUGACAGCAAACAAUUCCGAGAAUGAAAAAAAUAGCAAAUAAAGUAGCAAAAAUAAAUAAAUCAAAUGUACUGUAAGGAGAAAAAAAACGUUUUUUCUUGAAAUCCUGUGUACGCUAUAUAACUUGUUAGCAUGUCCACAUGGGUUGGUUCAGAAAAUGUCAAAUUUCAAAGUGGCCUCCGCAUCCGGUAUGCCGCCCUCGGUGGAAAAACUUUGGACGCCCCUGUCCUAGAUGGUGGUUGAUGGUGGUUUACCCACGGUAGAUCAGGGAUCAGGGGUCGGGAACCUUUUUGGCCAUGAAAGCCACAUAUUUUAACACGUGAGAGCCAUAUCAUAUUUUUCCACACCAAACACAACUAAACGCGUGCAUUUUUAAGCAAGACCAACGAUUUCAGAAUAUAAUAAGUCUCUGACUUCAUCCUUCUUAAGAACGUUGUUAGACUGAAGCUGACCGAUAAGAAAUAAAAUACUUCCUACCAUACCGAGCACUUCUGGUGCUGCAUGGUUUUGCACGGCAUUCCUCAUCUUUCUUUCUUUUUUGCCAUCUUCUUCGUCAAAAGGAACUAGCUAGCUGACUAUUUGGUUAUUUCUUGACAUCUUUUUGAUCCUAGAAGGCGACCGCAUUAUCCAGUAAUAAUCUUUGGCGUCUGACCCCGGAAAAUAUUGGAAGGACAGCUGCCAUUGGCUCUGGCCGGUAGAAAAUGGAUGGAUGGAUUCAAAUGUGUAAUGUUUUAUAAUUCAAACAUUUUUAACCCUGACUUCUGUAAUGUUUUACUUAAAAAUGUCAGCGGAAAAAAAAGUUAGAAUGCGAUAAAAUAAGCAUUUUAUGUUGUCCGAGAGCCACAUCUGGCUCGCGAGCCGUAGGUUCCCCACCCCUGCGUUAGAAGACCCUUGUGAGCGUACUUGACUCUUGUACUGAUGAGGUCACAUUCUCUUCCCAGUCAGAAACAUUAGUGUGUGUGUGUGUGUGUGUGUGUGUGUGUGUGUGCGGGCUCAGGCUGCUUUAAGCAUACUCUGGAAUCUCCACCAAAGAUGAUGUCCCAUGCGUGUGUCUUUUUUUGUUUGUUUGUUUAUUCACAAUCUGCUGAACCUUGUUUAAAAAAAAAAAACAAAAAAAAAACUAUUUGAACCUUGUUUUGAAGCCGUGUGUCAGGUUUCUUUUGUGUCUGUUGUAACCCACCACCAUGAUUGCUGAAUUAUUUGUAAAUAAGCAACAACGUCAAUGACUAAUUGUGUACUAUCAGAUCUUCCCACCCUGAACUGUUUGUCCUUUUUUUUUGCUGGAAAUGUGAACAUGUUUCUAUUUCAGUGUAAGUAUUAAUGGUUCUCCAGUAUGUGGGCACCAUUAAGCAUGGCACCAGCACUGCCGUGAUUAUUCCGGGCCUCACCGUCAUUGUAGCCAACAACAAAAAAAAAACAUUAUGCACUGUAUGUACAAAGCCUCAGCGUCUAGCGUCUGGCACGUGUGAUGUCAGAAGCGUCUCUCAAGUGUCACCUUUGAAUUGAGGAUCUUCCAGAAUUGAAUGUCGAGAGAAAAUUGGAUGUUUAAAGAGGGGAAAAAAAAGACAAGAAAAUAACAAGAAUCCUGCACCAAAGUCCCAUGCCACACCCCUCCUGUCUGCUGUGAUGUCACGUCACUGCCACACCCCCACCUCCAGACUGAGCUCUUUUGUAGAUUUGCCCUUAAAGACUUCCUGCUUGUACUUUUUUUUCUCCUUCCGACUGCACUGAAGAUGUCAACUGAUGAUGUCACAAUAAGAACCCGUCCCCUCGCCAUGGAGACAAGAACUGAGCUGAAUCGUCCUCGUCCCCCGACUCCCUCCCUGUAAAUUCUCAAACGUUUCUCGGUGCCCCCACCCCCCAUGUGUGAGAUCUCAACAGUAAAACCUUGCAUGUUAUUUGCCAACACUGACGCUGCACCUCGCAUGAUUAACUUUUAAAGGACUCGUGUAGAGAAAAAAAAAAAAAAAAGACAUAAAAUGAACAAAAGAAUAAAAUACUUCUUAGUUUACUUCGGCGUGUGUGUUGGAAUUGUUUCUUAAUACCACAUGUUCAUUCUAGGUGAGAUGUUCAUCUUGUUGCACUGACAGAGGACGAUGGUCGUCUUAACAGAAGGCUCGGAUAGGAUGAUGGAGACGUGUGAUCUCUCUAGUACCGUGGUACCUUGGUGUUUCGUUCGAAAAGGUCGAAAUGGUCGAAAACCAAAUCGGAUGAAAAAAAAAAUCCAUUUUUCCCGUAAGAAAUCCUUUAAAUCCAAUAAAUCGGUAAAUAAAACAGAUUAAUUGCGCCAGAUCACUUUCCGUAAUCUGUCUCCCUCUAGAACCUGUGUUAACUAAGGAACCGUUACGUUCAAUCCCGUUGGAACAGACGCUACCUUUGCUACGACUUCUUCCUUGAAUUCAGUAGUGUUUCUCACCGUGUUUGUCAAAGUUUUGUCACUUUUUUGGCCGCAGUCAUACUGAAUUUAAAAAAAACCCCAACAGACUUUAAACACUCAAAUACGCAGUGCGCUUGAACACUCCAUCAGCAAAGGGCGCACAGUGCUUAUUAGGAGAGGAAGACGGGAGACAGAUAUAAACCUCCCACACACACAUAAUAAAGAUGACUGAAGGAUUCCCUGGCUGGAAUCUGUCGAUAGCAGUGGUCCCCAAACCCCUGGGCCGCAGCUCGGUACCGGGCCGUGGGUCAUUUGCUACCGGGCCGCACAGAAAGAAAGAAUUUCCAUUAAUUUUUUUUAUGUUUUAUUUUGAAAAGUGGCCGGAUUCUCCGUCUCACUAUCGCAUGCCGCACAGAUAGACGACUACUGUAUUUUUACCAUUUUUCUUUCACCUCAUAUUUGGUGUCAAAUGCUGAUACUAUGUGGGAAUGCAUAAAGGUAAGUUUUGAUGACUUAUUGAGUGCUAAUGUGCACAUUUGUCUCAAGUUCAUUCAUGCUAGCGCACUGCCUUUUAGCAAACACGUCAAACAGCGAUGUAAUCAUCUCUCUGGAAAAACUCCAGGCUUGAACUGGUGGAUGGUGGGUCGGCAUUCAUUUUGUGCUUUUAAUUUGAUGUUGUUCAUGUCUUAGAUUUACACAACACAUAAUAAAUAAGAUACAUUUGAUCGCUAUAAUGUACGAAGCCCACGCCCCCUCUUAUCCGUGGGAGGUUUGUGGGAACACAAGCCGGUCCGUGGGUCAAAAAGAGACUAAAAACAGACUAUUUGUUAGUCACACUGUUCGGUCCUACGAUAAACUGAAACCGAAUCCAGCGUAACCCGGGGGCGUACGAAAACCAAGGUACCAGCGCCUUCUUGUGACGUCCACAAGAACAGCACCAGGCCAUUGCUCAUACGAAGAUGCUCAACCCCCUCCCUCAAAUCUUACAUCAGGAGUGGAAGCUGCUAUCAAGAGACCAAGAGAGAUUAUAAAAAUAUACUUUCACAAGAAAACAACAGCAAAAAUGGGAAAAUCUGCAGUCAUUUUACAAGAAUAAAGUCCAAAUGUUAAGAAAAAAUAAUUUCAAAUUAAAAUUUUACAAGAAUAACGUAAUAUUAUGAGGGGAAAAAAUAACAUGUUAGUAGUAUAAUUUUGAAAUAUAUUUACAAAAAAUAGUCAUUAAAAAAAAUCUGAAACAAAACUAAAUAAACUUGUAAUUUUUGGAAAAUUUGGCUGGGGAAAAAGUUUUAAUAAAGGAAUAAAGUCACAAUAUUACGAGAAGAAAGUUACAAGAAAGUGGAAACAGUUGGCAAAUUUUGAAAAAACAGCAGAAAUGAAAAAAAACGAGAAUACAUUUUAAGACAAAGUGAAAAUAUUAAGAGAAAAAAGUUUUGUUCAAAUGAGAAAAAAUGUUGCAAUUUUACAAGGAUAAAUUCGUAAUAUUAUGAGGAAAAAUAAUGCCAUUUUAGUAGCAUAGAAUUGAAAUAUUUAAAAAUUUUAUUUUUUUUUAAAUCAAAUUCUGACAAAACAAAGGAAAAUUAGGUUAGGGAACAAGUUUUAAUAUUAAUAGUUUUAAUAUUAUGGGAAUAAAGUCAAAAUACAUAACAUUCCGAAAAGGAAACUCACAAGAAGAAAGUUGAAAUAGUUGGAAAAUAACAUAAAAAUACAAAAACAGCGGAAAUGGAAAAACAGCUGUAAUUUUACGAGAAUAAAGUCCAAAUAAUGAGAGCAAAAGGGUAAAUAGUAUUCUAAUGGGGGGGAAAAGUGACAAUUUUAUGAGAACCAAACUUGAAAACUUCAACUCGUUUUGAGGGAAAAUGAUGUAAUUUCAGUUGAAAUCUUAAAAAAAAAAAAAAAAAAUCUGAUAAAGUUGUAAUUUUCAGAAAAUUAGG